GUGUCUUCUAACCAAACCCCGUGAUCAACACGCACAACAAACAAAAGUGGAUCAGUGAAAAUGGCGAGUAGCGAGGAGGAGGCGAGCGCGGCUCUGGAGGCCUGGUUCCCCGCACCUGGUAGCGGAGUCAGCAGCGAGGACGAGCCUGAGCCCGAGCUGAGGCUGCUGCGGGAGCGGCUACGCGGGUGGCUGUCGCAGUACGAGCGCGCGCUGAUCUUCGCGCAGCGGCUGCUGGUGUGGGAGAGGCCGCUGCAUAGUAGCGUAGCCGCGCUCCUGCUUAAUACCGCUUUUUGGCUUCUUUCGUCGACAUCAUUGCGACCCUUGUUUCUCUUGAGCGUGUCUCUCAUUGGACUGACGCUCCUGGAGAGAUGGAAAGACAAGCUGCCGUUGAUCUCUGCUUGGCAUCCAGAGGUAGCUGUGGUCGAACGAGAAAUUAUUUCAGAUCAGCCCCGUCUGUUAAGUGUGGAUGAACUGAGCCAUCAUCUAGCAGAAAGUUACUUGACGUUUAUUCUGUACAUUCAAGAAAUGCUGCAGUAUAAACGCCAAAAUCACGGCAAGUUCUGUAUCAUGAUGUGCUCUGGAUGUUUUCUGAUGGCCAUGGUUGGACAUUACAUUCCCGGGAUUAUGAUCUCCUACAUUAUAUUGUUAAGUGUAUUGCUGUGGCCGCUGGUUGUUUAUCAUGAGCUCAUUCAGAAGAUGUACACCGGUCUCGAACCCAUCCUGAUGAAACUCGACUACAGCAUGAAAGGAGAGAGACAGCGGCGUAAAUACGAUAAGAAAAAGCUGAAGAAAGAGCAAGAAGAGGGAGAUGAGCCAAGUGCAGAAACCGAGAGCGACAGCGAGGAAGAACUGUCCUGCUUUGCCCCGACUGUUGAUGUUAAGACCACAGCUCUGGCGAUGGCCAUCACAGACUCUGAGCUGUCUGAUGAGGAGGCGUCCAUACUGGAGAGUGGAGGUUUCUCAGUAUCCCGAGCCACAACCCCACAGCUUACAGACGUCUCUGAAGAUCUGGAUCAGCAAAGUGUACACAGCGAACCAGAAGAGGCGUUCAGCAGGGACCUAGCCGAGUUUCCGUCAGUGGACGAGUUGCCUUCCGUGGAGCCAGGUCUGUUUAAUUUCCCCCUACGUGUCCUCGGGUCCGAACAGACCGGAGCUCCUGGCUCAGAUCUCCAAGAGGAACCUCCAUCCCCGGCCAGCCUCCUCAUUCAGCACCUAGCAUCCCCGCUUCACUUUGUCAACACGCACUUCAACGGACAAGCCGCGGGGGCGGAGCAAACCGUUGUGGGUACUGAAAAAGAGGGACGCAUGUCGGCUGCUCGCUCGCUGGAGGCGCUGAGCGAGGAGAUAGUGAGCACGGCUAUCUCUACCGUAGUACAGAACACUCUUUCAGCCCUAUUGCGGUCUACGGAGGCCAGCGAGGGCUCCUCCAUGGCCUCCUUUCUUCCCACCGAGACCCCUCCUUGCCCGAUGGAAUCGUCCCUCGCCCAGGAAGCCGGCGUGGAGGAGGAAGACGUAGACGCGACGGAAGCGAGCACAGAGGAACAGCCAGACGUUACGCUCGUCCCUGCUGAAGAAGAGGACUUUGAACUACUGGACCAAAGUGAACUGGAACAGAUGGAUGAGGGGCUUGGGUUUGAUGGACAGGAAGAGGGCGGGGCAUCCGCAGACACGCCCCUAAGUAGUCACCAGACGGAUGAACGGCAAGAUUCCUAGCUUCCCACUCUAAACUGACCUUUUUAUUUAAAGUCCAUGUAGAUACCGUAUACUGACACGCACGUUUUGUGAACGGGAACGUUGCAGUCGACUGCCUUUUAUUUUGUCGUCAUGAAUGAGAUCACUGUGAUCGUUGAUGGGCUUGUGUUUCUUGAGCAGGUGAGUGUCAUGUAUCGCAUGACAACAAAUUCAAACUUUUUCAUAGCAAACUGAAUCAUCUUUAGCCUCUAAAAAUUGAACAAUGAAACCCAAAAUUGAAAAAGCUGUCAUGAUUUACUCAACCUAUAUGAUUUUCAUACUCAAAGAUACAGAAAAGCAAACAUUAAUGCCAUUUUUUUUUUGUGCAAUGAAAGUGAAUAGUGACCAGGAGCCGUCAAGCUUCAAAAUUAUAUCCCCAUCUGAAUCCAUACAACGUUUGGAAUCAGAAGCGCAUACAAUUUUCACAUUUAUAGAUCCUGAUAGCCUCUGGUCCCCAUUAUUUUUCAUUGCAUUGAAUUGCAUGAACAUUUUCUUUCUGUGUUGCACAAAAUAAAUCGUACAGGUGAGUAAACAAUGCCAAAAUUUGAGUUUUUGGGUGUCCUGCCCCUUUAAGACUAAAAUAACUGAAAUGUUUACCGUGUCUCUUGACAAUGACCACAACUUUGCGAUGGAAAACAGGAGCCCUCUCGUCUGCCAGUCCCAUACAGACUGGAUUUAUUGGAUUCAGGUCACGGGAACAAGCCACCUGGGUUGAGUUUUGUUUGAUUGUCUGUGUUUCUUUUAAAGGUGGGGCUGGUAGUCUUGUUGAAAAGUUUAGUCCAGCUGCUUGUGAUUUGAUGGUCUUAACUUGUUGAUAGUUUUGGAGGGGGCUGAACUGGGCCAGACUGAACUAGAAAAUCUACUUGGCUAAAUAUAAAGCAGCUGAAACCAGCAAACCACAUGAGGCUGGUUUAGGGGCGGUUUACAUUUUGCGUAUUUUGCGCGUGCAUAUACGUUAUUUUGAAUGUAGACGCGCGGUGCUGCAGCAAAAUUUUUUUUUGACUUUUUUCGUUGAAAGCGCGUUGGAAAGGAGGAAAGUGCCGCGUGCGGUUUUAGACGCAAAAUGUGAACCGCCUCAUAAAAUUUUAUUUUAAAUGCACAUCCUCAAUGAAGAGACAUACGGAUAUUAUUUCAAAAAAUGAUUUUUUCAUAAUAGAUAAAGUAAUAUAUUCUGGAAUAUACAUCUAUAUAUAAAAAAGUGGAUUGUUGUAUUUAUUAAAAUUGGUUAGAAUGAAGAAUAGUUCAGUCUUGCAUAAUUAAUGAAGUUGCAAGGCUUGAAUUCUGGGAUAGCAAAAACAAAGCAAAGAGUGUAAACAUUUAAUUAACAGCUUAGCUUAGACAAUUAAAUGUAAAGCAUUUUCUAACAAUAGUCUUGAAUUGAAUAUUGGAUUGUGCCAUUUACUUUUUGCGUUUUUGAAGUACUCGUCGAAUUUCAGCACAAAAUGAUUGUGAAUGCCGCGCACAGAAUAGUAGCACACACUUAUUUAGCCGUCCGAAAAUAUUCCCAGAUCGUAAUGCUUUGAUUUUUGUCCGAAGAAUUGAAAAUUUAAUCCAAACAUAUUAAAGGACACUUUUUAUUUGUGCUCAGUUUUCGCAGGACAUACGAAUUUUCAUUACAUGCCAAAAUAAUUUGCGUUGUAAAAUGUCACAUCUCGCGGUCAAGAUUGCCUAAAAAUAUAAUUUUAAGUGAUUAACUUAGGAGGAGGAGUUUGUGCAUGGACUGAAUCGUUUUCCCGUUUUUCGAUUUCAACGAAAGAUUGAGCCUUAUUUCUGUUUACAUUUGUAAGAUGUAGACGAUGUAUGACCAACGUAUUGACGUGUUUCUACAGUUUACACCAUGUGAAACUCAAAGCGAAAAUAUUUUGGAUUGUAACGUUUAAUGUUUGUUUGCCUUCAAGACAGUUUCUCUCGAUGACCAUUAUAUGGCACUUGAUGGGUAUAGGAUUUUAAGAUCCGGUAUAAAUAUAUAUUUUUAUUUCAAUUAAUUAUCAUACUAAAGGGAAAUAUCUUUUAAACUGGAAACGUGUGUAUAAAACCAAUGUGUAUAUAUUUAAUGGCCUGUAACAUGGUAUACACCUUUUAAAAUGGAUGUUUUACAGACUUGUUCAUUGGUUGGAGGCAUGUUUACAUUCCUCAAUGUUGAAAGUCGAAUUGCACCGCAACCUAACCAGGUGUGAAAACGUAAAACUGCUUAAAUUGAUUGGGCAAUCAGGAUUUUCAAUAUAAUAAGUGCAAUAUAAUUGGUCCAAAAUAUUACACCAAAUAUUUAAUAAUUCAUGAUUGGUAACUCAUCACUCCUGGUUAGGACACCGUGUCAAAAAGUGUUUGUGGUUAGAGUCAUUUCUAUUGUUGGAGUGCAUUUUGCUGAUUCAUGCAGGUUAGCAGAUUUGUGUUUUAAAACGUUCACGGAGAGAUUAUGUUUAUGUAAUAGUGAUUGUGUUUUGCUCAUACUGUUACUGCUUUAUGAUCUAUAAAAAAGCACUUAGCAUUCAACUACAAAUGUAUCGUUGAAUGUUCUUUUGUUUGGUCUUGCACACCCAUAAAUCUUUAAUAUGCUGAUGUUUAACUUCA